ACGGUCAAACACGCUCCUCGACGUCAACACCCACCACCCACCGCCUUCGCUGGUCGUCCUCGACACUCUUGUCGUCGUCGACAAAACCCUGCACACUGGGCGCGCUUGUCAUGAGCAGUGUCAAUGCUGCCAAUACCGAAACUAUCCUUCUGGCCGACUCAUCAACCCUCCCUCAGCAACCAUCUUCUUCACCGCCUGCCUCUCCGACGACGACCCCAUCUGACCCUGCUGCCUCUGGAAAUACUGGGGAAAACAAUGCAGAAAAGCCAAACCUGACUAUAAACACUGAACCGAGCACGGAUGGCCGCUCUAGUGAUGCUGAAAAGAUGCUCGACUCUGCUAUGGAUGGUCCUCUUGGCCCUGACGGAGGGGACCCUGGCUCUGAACCUAUGGUCUUAAUUAACACCGGCGAGGGCUCUGAAAAUCUACCUACCGAUGAUGGCCAGCAGUGGAUGGACGAGGAUAGCCAUGACCUCAAACGCGUCAAGGUUUAUGAACUUAUCGGGGCGCGUUGGGUUGACCAGGGGACCGCGUUUUGUUUCGGAGACUUUCAUGAGAAUGAGGCCCUUCUCAUUGCACGUGCGGAAGCAGACUAUCAACAUGUCAUCCUUUCCACCACUAUCCGUGCCAGUGAUGUAUACCAAAGACAACAAGAUACUUUAAUUGUCUGGACGGAACCGGAUGGAGUCGAUUAUGCGCUCAGUUUUCAGGAUCCAGAGGGUUGUGCAGAAGUAUGGAAUUUCAUUCAGGAGGUCCAAAGGCAUAUGAAUGCAACAGAAAGCGGAUUGUCUUCAUCGCCUUUGCUCGGUGAAGGUUCCGCUACCACCGCAAACAUUAUUCGAACAGGACAUCUACCGCAACCAACGCUCGGAAUCAUUGGCGAGAUCGAGAAAGCAAUCAAGGCGUUGACUCGGACAUCGACCUUGAAAGAGCGAGUGUGCGAAUACAUUCAGUCCGAGGACUAUAUCAAGGGCCUCAUAGAAGUCCUAACAUUGGCAGAAGACCUAGAAAGCAUCGAAAACCUCCAUGCGCUAUGUACUUGUAUGCAAACCAUUCUCGCGCUCAACGAUCAUUCAAUGUAUGAGCACAUUCUGGACGACGAUAUCUUCUUCGGCGUUGUCGGCAUGCUCGAAUACGACCCGGAGUUUCCAACUCACAAAGCCAAUUAUCGCGAGUUCCUUCGCACGAGUGCUCAAUACCAUCAACCCAUACCCAUCCGCGACGAAACAAUCCAGAAGAAGGUACACCACACCUAUCGACUGCAGUUCCUUAAGGACGUGGUGCUUGCGCGCUCAAUUGAUGACUCGGCUUUCAACGUGCUCAACUCGUGUAUCAUCUUCAACCAGAUUGACAUAAUUACACAUGUCCAGACCGAUCCGCAGUUAUUGAGAGAGGUCGUAGGAAUGUUUAUGGAUGAAGAUCUGGUCGCGAGUUUAGGACUGAGCAAUCCAGCGAAGGAGAAAGAGAAGCAAGUGAAGACGGAGCCGGACGAGUCGCCAAAACCGAAUGGUUUGCACCUUGUCACUUCUGCUCCGAAGGAAGAGGAUGUGGUGCGAAAACGGGAAGUUGUCUACCUCAUUCAACAGCUGUCCGCCAUGGCCAAGAACGUUCAAAUUGGUGCGCGGACGGCACUUCUCCGAACUCUAGUCGAUCGAGGGAUCUUGUUCCUUGUUCAGUGGGCUUUUGCACAACCUGAGUCGGACCCAGAGGGCAAGGCCAUGAUCGCUGCUGCUGGCGAUAUCUUCACCCCGCUUCUAGAGUUCGACUUGAUUGGCGUUCGUGGACAUGUUGUCAAACAGUUGGGGUUGAUUGAACGAGACAAGGAGGCUGCAAAGAAAGGGGAGAAGGGAAGGGAGAGGGAAACGCUACUGAUGCUGCUGUGCCGAGUCUUGGUGAGAAGCAAAGACCUGGCUAUCCAGAGUCAACUCGGCGAGCACAUCAGGCUGAUUCUGGAAGUGCCUUCUUCGGAAACCGAACCUCAUCCUGUGCUUGGAGCGAAGAUGUACCAACGCGCCAAGGACGAUCCAGCGAUGGAGAAAUUCCUGGAUUACUUCUAUAAGCAGUGCGCUGAAAUCUUAUUUAAACCCUUCUUUGACCUUCCCGAGUUCAAGACCAUGACUGAAACGUCAUUGCCACUAUCUCGCGAACGGACAAACCUUUUGCUACAUCUUUGCGAACUGCUUUCAAGUUUUGCCUUGCAGCAUUCCUUCCGCAGUCACUUUUACAUGCUUUCCUCCAACGUUGCUGUGCGAGUCGCAUCUUUACUUCGAGCAAAAGAUAAACAUCUUCGUUUGGCCGCGCUCCGAUUCUUCCGAGUGUUGCUACGGCUCAACAACCGGAAUCUUUUCAAUCACCUCAUCAAGCAUGAUAUCCUCAAACCGCUUCUUGAACUCACCUUGCAAGAAUCCCGACGAGAUAAUCUCCUUAGCUCCUCAUGUCAAGAGCUUUUCGACUUCAUACGAAGGGAAAACUUGAAGGAGCUGAUUAACCAUUGCAUGACCAAACAUGAAGACUUGGUCAAAGCCCUGGCAGCUACCCAACUUGGUUCCGCUCGGUUCAAGGGAUUCAUACGCCGGUGGGAAAUCAACAUUGAACCGCCACCAAAGGAGGAGGAGAAAGUCGAACUGGUAAGACCGAACGGGAUCGGUAUCAGGAAGUGGGGCCAGGGUAGACUCAUGGAAGCAGAGGAAGAAGAUUACUUCAACACGGACGACGACGAGGAUGAGAUUCUGCCUGUUCUCAGUACUUCAGUUUUUCCGAAAGCUGCUCCGAACACCCUCAAACGAAAACGACCGCGAGGAUCAAGUCUGCCUCUGCCACAGCGGCCACCACCGUUUGCUCGGACACCACCCCUACGCAGUCUGGUUGAUUACGACGAUGCUGACGAGCCAACCCGCGCGGAGGCGGACAAAGCUGCUGGCGGUGUUCAAGGACAGUUACCUACUUCACCAUCUUCGCCUUCGCAAGCACGUAUGAGCAGUCCACGAAUAUCACAGCAAGCUUCGAAACCCAUUUCCAUAUCGCUAACGCCCGGCGAGGACCAGGAAGACUUUCUAUUGGAGUCUUUGGUAGCUAAAGGCGGUCCGCCAUUACCAGAUGCUAUCAAGCCACCGGAAGUCAAUCUCAGCUCGAAACGACACCGAGAGGAUGAUGAUGACGAGUUGCUCGAGCGACUGGCUAGUAAAGCGAAACGCCUUAGUACCGGUCCUGGGCAAGACAAACCUGAAGUCAGUGGGAAAGCCACCGGGCUGGGGAAACCAGCGGAGGAAGGUCCCAAAAAGAUCAAGCUGAAGUUAUCUUCGCCGACUAUUGCUAAUCCUUUCCCUUCAAGUACUGGCGCGAAGGAUGGGGAUACAGACUUUUCGGAUGCACAUAUUCACUCAUUUGGCUCUUACUAUGUCAUACAUACGUACAUACCUUCCUUACCUUUUCGUUGUUCAUAUUGAUACAAUUCAUAAAUAUUCUCCACUC